AUGUCCUCCAAGUCGAAAUUGACCUACGGCGCCCGCGCCCAAUCCCACCCUAACCCCCUCGCGCGCAAGCUCUUCCAAGUCGCCGAAGAGAAAAAGAGCAAUGUGACCAUCUCCGCCGACGUGACCACCACAAAAGAGCUCCUAGACCUUGCCGACCGUCUGGGUCCCUACAUCGCCGUGAUCAAAACGCACAUCGACAUCCUCUCCGACUUCAGCCAAGCGACAAUUGACGGUCUCAAUGCCCUAGCCGCCAAGCACAACUUCCUCAUUUUCGAAGACCGCAAAUUCAUUGAUAUCGGCAACACCGUUCAAAAGCAAUACCACAACGGUACCCUCCGCAUCUCCGAAUGGGCCCACAUCAUCAACUGCUCCAUCCUACCAGGUGAAGGCAUCGUCGAAGCCCUCGCCCAAACAGCCCAGGACCCCACCUUCCCCUACGGCUCCGAGCGUGGCCUCCUCAUCCUCGCUGAAAUGACCUCCAAGGGAUCCCUCGCCACCGGCUCCUACACCUCCGCCUCUGUCGAUAUCGCCCGCAAGUACCCCAGCUUCGUGCUAGGCUUUGUGUCGACCCGCUCCCUUGGCGCGGUUGACGCGAGUGUCGCCCCCGGGCAGGAUGAGGACUUUGUCGUUUUCACUACUGGUGUGAACCUCUCGUCUAAGGGCGAUAAGCUCGGUCAGCAGUAUCAGACGCCUCAAUCGGCUGUGGGUCGCGGGGCGGACUUCAUUAUCUCUGGUCGGGGUAUUUACGCAGCGGCGGACCCGGUCGAGGCUGCCAGGCAGUACCAGCAGCAGGGAUGGGAGGCGUAUCUGGCCCGUGUUGGUGCGCAAUAG